AUGUUCAUGGCCGGCAGAGGUUAUGCACACAUGGCCAUGACUGACCCGUCCCCAAUCAAAGCCAAAGGAAAUCCGAACACCUCACCUGAGAAUGCCGACUACAGCUACGCAACCCCAUUAUCCUCAAGCGGUUCUGACUUUCCUUGCAAGGGCUACUUGAGCCUUCUAGGUACCUCACAGACGGCGCCCGUCGACAAUUGGACUGCCGGCAAUAGCUACUCUGUUACGAUUUCUGGUCAUGCUGUGCACGCAGGAGGAUCAUGCCAAAUCAGCCUCUCACUAGACGGCGGCAAUUCAUUCAAGGUUCUCCGCAGCAUCAUCGGCGGCUGCCCAAGGGGCAAUGCAACCCAACUGGGAUUCAGAUUGCCAGACGAUACGCCGUCUUCUGACCAUGCGGUGCUCGGCUGGACGUGGUUCAACAAACUUGGAAAUCGGGAGAUGUACAUGAACUACGACAUCAUCAGCAUCGUAGGCGGAGGUGGACAUGACCAUGGUGAGAGUUUCAACAAAAGACCGGAGAUGUUCAAAGCGAACGUGGGUAAUGGAUGCAGGACGGUGGAUUCGAGAGACGUCAUGAUUCCGAAUCCGGGGCCGGAUGUGGAAGUCAACAAUCUCGAUGCUGUGCCGCCGAUUGGUGAGUGCGAAUCCGGGCCGGGAGCGACAGUGGGGUCCGAUUCGGGGCUAGGAUCGGGGAACGGGGGCAAUGGAGGCAGCGGUGGUAGUGGUAGGGGAGGAAUCUACAAGCCCGGCAAUGACUGGACUGCAGACUUCAACCCGAAUUGCGGCAAACUUGUGGCCGAUGAAUAG